AUGUUUGCCCUGUUGAUCCCACUAUCUGCCUUCUUCCUGCUUAAUGGAAGGGCAGCAAAUCUGCCAGUUCUCAAGCUAAACGGACCUUCGACGCUUCCAGCGACGGCGUCGCAUAGGCUCAGCCCAGCUCUGGCUAGUUUCAGCAUAGAAACGGCUUUCUUUGUCGAAUUCGUAGGGAAUACCACUGAACCGAAUACACUCACUCGCAAUCUCUUGGAUAACUUGAAGGCUCGCACUGGAGUUCCUGCAGAAAUCCGCAUUGGGGGCAUAACCGCGGAUUCUACUUACUGGAAUGCGUCUUUACUGGAUACCCCUCUGUUUAACGCGAUCGACAAAAGUGGGGCUUUGCAAAAUACGACUAUUGGGCCUUUGUUCUGGGACUCUGUGAAGCUUCUACCAGAAGGAACAAAGAUAGUCAUGAACCUAGACCUCCAAGACCUCGACUUCGAAGGCGCGCUUGAGGUGGCCAGGUCCACUGUGGAAGGUCUGCCAGCUAGCCAGCUUCUUGGCUUCGAAAUCGGAAACGAACCUGACCACUAUCUUCGGUUCACACCGCAAAAUUACACUAAUAUCUGGGCGACUUGGUCCCGAAACAUCACAAAUGCGUUGGGCUUAUCUGCACCGAUGUUCCAAAUCGCGGCUACGGCUGAGGAUCCACUAUUCCCCUUUAAUACGCCCACUGCCAACUCUCAGCUAGAUUGCGUCAGUGCGCUAGCCGCAGGCGCGAACGCCGGAAACACUGUGAUGUCCUGCAGCGAGCACACGUAUCAAUACAGUGUAUGUGACCCGCCGCGCAUCGCAGUGGCCACACUGCCGAACUUGGUCAAUCAUACUCGGCUUGGAAUGUACCUUGAUCUGUGGCAGCCUCGUAUUCAUGCCUGGCAAUCGGUCUUGCUGAAGUACAUCUUAGGCGAAUACAACUCUGUCUCUUGCUCUGGAAGGGAUGGUGUCAGCAAUACAUUUGGGCAAGCACUUUGGCUGCUCGAUACGACACUCUAUGCAGCUUCCCUCAAUGUCUCAAGGAUGUUUAUUCAUCAGGGAGGUCCGCUAGCACUGCAAAGCAGCGUGCAGCUCAACCACGGAGGACUUUCUUUCUACGAUUUAUGGUAUCCCGUCGAAAACCAAAAUGGACCGGUGAAGGUAUUCCCUUCUUACGCGUCCUAUCUAUUCGUAGCAGAGGCACUAGGUCACUCAAAGGCCAUGCGUAUUGCAAACAUAUACCCCGGAAGACAGGCAAAUGGAUCCACAAUCACCACUGGUGGUGGUGAUUCGUCCGCGGGGCAGUUGGUCGCGUAUGGAUUCUGGGACGAGAGUCUACCCUCUACAACAAAGUCGCCUGCCAAGCUCGCCCUGAUAAAUAUGCAGAUAUUCAACCACACUCAGACAGAACAGCGCCCCUCCACUACAUUCGACAUCUCAGCGUUUGCUAGAGGCCCUGUGAUGGUUCGCAGAUUGCAGGCGCCUGGUGCGGAUAUUAAGGAUGCUAAUGUGACGGUUUGGGCUGGUCAAACGUUUGAGAGUGGUCUGGCUAAAGGCAGUUUGCGAGAGGAGAGGAUAAACGGAGGGAAAAUAGUCGUGCCUGCUUCAGAAGCGGUUCUAGUUACGUUGUAG